UCUCUUCAUAUUAUGUUUGGAUCUUCACUUUCAGAGAUUGUAUGCAGAGCAUAUGAAGUUGCAUUGAUGUUGUGAUAUCACUACUCCUUUCAAUCCUAAUGUUACCUAUUUGCCAAUGUUGGAAGGACUCUCUGCCAUUGCCAAUAAAGGAGCUGGAGAAGAAUUCAAGUGCCAUAAGAAGAUAUAUUGGACAUGAAAAGAAGUCAAAACAAGUAGUUAACAUGAAGCUAGCUCCAGCCUUAUUGUCUGCUUUUGUCCUCCUUUCGCCACCUAUCUUUUUCAGUCCCCCAGCCCCUGCGACAGAAAUUGUACCUAGACAGACAAUAGAAAUAGAAAAGCGGGCAGCCACUUUGUUUCGCAAAGCAUGCGUUGGAUGCCAUGAUGGAGGAGGAAACAUAAUACAACCUGGUGCAACCCUUGGUUUGAAGGAUUUAGAGAGAAAUGGAGUUGAUUCUAUAGAGGAGAUAUAUAACAUUACCUACUAUGGAAAGGGAAGAAUGCCUGGAUAUGGAGAAAAGUGUACACCGAGGGGACAAUGCACAUUCGGAGCUCGACUACAAGAAGAUGAUAUCAAACUUCUUGCCGAGUUUGUCAAGUCUCAGGCUAACCAUGGCUGGGAGAACUUAGAAAUCUAUAAUGAUUGAAAAUUACAAUUUCAGAUAUCCUAAUGAGUUUGAAACAACUCUCUUGAAAAAUUAACUAUCCCCAAACUUCCUUGAGAUAUCUUGAUUUUUUGUUUUAUUUUCUCUUUUCUGGUUGAGUAUUUUUCAUUCAUUAAAAAUAAGGUGUUACA